UGAAAAUGCCUGGAAGCCACAUGGCCGCUGAGCAUCCGCUAGACCCAUAAGAGCCGCUUGGGAGAAGUCAUAAAAGAAUACAAAGUCCUGCUGUGGUAUCCAAGGGACCGGUCUCUCCUGCUACUGCUAGAUACUCCGGCAAGGAAGGCAGCAGCUAGGUACCCCAGCGGCCACCGGCACCAUGGAAACGGAGAAGCCGAUGAAGAUAUUCUGCAAGAUGAACAUGAGCUUGAACGCGGCUGUCCGUGGCGAUAAGGUGAUGCUCGUGACUGCCGACUCCAGCGACAAAUCUCAGGACUACAGCGCCACCGGGAAUCUGACGGACGACGAUGGCCGCAGGGCAUUUGCACUGGUGAACAGAACCACGGGGCAAGCCAUGGUGAACAUAAACGGGGAAGGGCCAGUGCAGCUGGCUCCCUACAGCGGCCACGUAGCCGUGGAGCUUAACAAGCUGUGGUCGCUGGGCGAGGAACGCGACGAUGGCUUCAGCAAUGUCAGAUCGCUCCAGAACACCUUCUUCACCCUCAACGCCAUGGGCGGAUAUCCUGUGAAGUCCGGAGCGCUCCUUGGGACCUAUCGACCCCAGGAAUAUGACCAUACCUACUGGAAGAUCGUCUCCGUCAAUGACGAAGAUUGAUCGACCCGUUCCACGUGCGUGUUCUGUGCAAAUUAAUGUGGUUUCUCGUUCUUGUUCAGAUUAUAUACUCAUGUUACUUCGGUAUAGGACCCUGUGGAAGGACGGGAUGUGUGCUUGCUUUGUACUCUGCUGAAGAUAAACCCUUUUAGUAGUACUCGAGUUACAUUCUGUAUUUGAUUUUAUUUUGGAAAAGAGGUCCCUGUAUUUAGUAAUACUCGAGUUACAUUCUGGACUAAGAAAAAGAAAAAUUCCACCGAA